UAUCGAAAGCUGCCAGGUUUCCAAGCGGUUCAGAAGUUGAGCCCGCUGCGUGCAGAGACUUGUCUCCCGCGUCCGCCCGGGCAGACAGGACUCGGAUAGGAGCGCCACCUGCCGGCAGUCUCCUCUACACCAGGCUCCUCCCCUCCCCAUUUGCUCCGCCUUCUUUGGCUCGCUUCCUCGGUCUUCUUCUGUAUUAUGUCAUCUGGAAGCAGACUGCCUAGCCAGAUUGUAGUCCGCACGCUGUGAGACGGCGAGAACACCGCGCGAAGGAGAGGGAGUCGCCGUGCUAACGGAGCAAGGAGGCACGUCUUUGGCUUCGGAGUUGGCUGCAAGGCAGAGACCCUACAAGUAGACCUGACGGGGAUCGGGCAGGAGGUAGAGGAGGAGGUGGCGGCUUCGCGCUCUUGUCUAGAAAGUCUCCCUUCCAUCCGCUGCGCUUCUGUGCCUUGUUUGCUUCCGUGCGCCUCCCGCCGCUACCCCCAGUGGCUCAGUCUCUGCGGAUCCCGUUGUUCUCCGAGAAAGUCUCCUGCAACGGAGCCAGGCGGAUGCCGCCACAGCAAGAAGGAGAGACGGGAUAUAUUAGUAAACCGCUGCCGGCAGGCUGCGAAGUGCCCCCGGUGCCGCCGCGCCGGGUCCGCAGCGGCCGGGCAGCGGCACUGGGGGCCGCCUUGGGGAGCCGCUGCAGGGCCGGAGCGGGUGGUGGCGCCAGCGGCGUCGGAGCCGAACCUCGCCGUAGCAUCAAGUGUGUCCUGGUAGGAGACGGCGCGGUGGGCAAGACCAGCCUGGUGGUGAGCUACACCACCAAUGGUUACCCCACGGAGUAUAUCCCCACCGCCUUUGACAAUUUUUCAGCUGUUGUGUCUGUAGAUGGCCGACCAGUGAGGCUCCAGCUCUGUGACACAGCUGGCCAGGAUGAAUUUGACAAGCUCCGGCCACUGUGCUACACCAACACAGACAUCUUUUUGCUGUGCUUCAGUGUUGUGAGCCCUUCCUCUUUCCAGAAUGUGAAUGAAAAGUGGGUUCCUGAAAUCCGAUGCCACUGCCCCAAAGCACCUAUUAUUCUCGUUGGGACACAGUCGGAUCUCCGGGAGGAUGUCAAAGUCCUCAUUGAGCUGGACAAAUGCAAAGAAAAGCCUGUGGCAGAGGAGGCUGCAAGGCUCUGUGCCGAGGAAAUAAAAGCUGCCUCUUACAUCGAGUGCUCCGCUUUGACUCAGAAAAACCUCAAAGAAGUCUUUGAUGCAGCCAUUGUUGCUGGCAUUCAGUACUCUGAUACGCAGCAACAGCCAAAGAAAUCUAAAAGCAGGACUCCAGACAAAAUGAAAAACCUCUCCAAAUCCUGGUGGAAAAAGUACUGCUGUUUUGUAUAGUAAAUUUUGCAAGGCUUAUUUAGUUGAAUACUGAGAGCAGGUCAAAGCUAUAUUAGCUCAAAAUCUCUCUAUUCCAGAGUGAACGGACCAAAUCCCACAAUUAUACAUGCUGCUAAAAAUCAUCAAUUUUCACUGGAGGAGGAGAUGUGGGUUAAAAAAAACUUGAGAUAGCUGUUUGACGUGUUGGGGGAGGGUUUUCAUCAGGAGCAGUAGAGUUUCCUCUUGUCAAGGGACAACUUACCUCACACCUUUGUGAAACCAAAAGCUGCACAAAGGAAUUGACUUUUUGCAGAAGUGGGAGGAGCCAGAACAUGCCUCUGCUACAAAGCCUACAUGGAGACAGUGAAGGACUAGAGGAGGACAGAGUUCUUCAGGUGGAUAUUAGAAGAUGUGUGCCACUUAAUGACACUUAGCUUUAAAAGCUGCUUCCAACCCCUAAUCCCUGUUUUUGAUCUUGUGGUCUUCAGAAGUGAUAACAUGCAUUCCAGAAAUAUCCAUAGUUUAAUAAAUUAGCAGAAUCUGCACGUAAAUCCUAUAUAUUUUUCUUAAGAUGAUAUGCCUACUUCACGCACAGUGUAGGGAUGUCUUAAUACAUUGAGCUGCUUGCAUAACUGCAUCUUAUCUGUAGAUCCCUGACUUACAAAUCACUUUUACAUGGUGUAACAUGCAUGCUUGGCGAAUUAUAUAUAUAAAAAUAUUUUGAAUAGCAA